CGCGCAGAGCGCACAGAGAGCGCAGAGCGCACAGAGCCGGAGCAGCCUGCGGCCAGUGUGCAUCCCACCCAGGACGCGGCAUCACUGUAGUUGGGGGCUCAACUUUCAGCUGCUCGACUUCAACUCCGUGCGUUUUCGGAAACACUUGCAAAAGAAAUGGGUUGCUUCGAGUGCUGCAUCAAAUGUCUAGGCGGGGUGCCGUACGCGUCGCUGGUGGCCACCAUCCUCUGCUUCUCCGGCGUCGCCCUGUUCUGCGGAUGCGGCCACGUGGCUCUCACCGGCACCGUGACCAUCCUGGAAACCCACUUCUCCAAGGUCACGACGGAUCACGCCCUGCUCACUGACGUAAUACAGCUGAUGCAGUAUGUCAUCUAUGGCAUCGCUUCGUUUUUCUUCCUGUACGGCAUCAUUCUGCUUGCCGAGGGCUUCUACACGACGAGCGCUGUCAAGGAGCUGCACAGCGAGUUCAAGACCACCAUCUGCGGACGCUGCAUCAGCGGAAUGUUUGUGUUCCUCACGUACAUCCUGGGUGUGGCUUGGCUCGGGGUGUUCGGCUUCUCCGCCGUGCCCGUCUUCCUUUUCUACAACAUGUGGUCCACUUGCAAUGCCAUGAAGUCUCCGAUGGCCAACCUCACAAACAUCGAGUCCAUCUGCGUGGAUGUGCGUCAGUACGGAAUCAUCCCUUGGAAUGCCACUCCAGGAAAGGCCUGCGGCUCUACGCUAGGUGACAUCUGCAACACCAGUGAGUUCUACCUGUCCUAUCACCUGUACAUUGUAGCGUGUGCCGGUGCGGGAGCAACUGUGAUCGCUCUGAUCCACUUCCUCAUGAUUCUCUCAGCAAACUGGGCCUACCUUAAGGAUGCCAGUCACAUGCAUGCCUACCAAGACAUCAAAAUGAAGGAAGAGCGGGAGCUGCAGGACAUCACCUCACGCUCAAAGGAAUGCCUCAAUUCCUACACAUAAGGAUGUGACGCCCCUCGCAUCCCCCCCCCCACACACACACACACACACACACACACACACAUUCCUAGUGACACGCACAGACACUGGCCAACCACUGUGGCCCCCCCUCUGGACCAAGGCACCACUCAGCUUAAAUAACCUGCCGACUGUGUGUACUAUGCAGUACUAACCCAGCUCCUAACAAACUAAUGCAUCAGUGCUGCUUUCUGCACUAACUCGCCAAGUGUUUCAAAAGUGCGAUGUAAAAGGUUCUUCCAUGCAGAUUGGGUUUGUGAUUGUCAUGAUCAUUUUCUCUCGCCCUUCGUAGCCAGUUUUUGCUGGUUAAUCUUAAAACAUUGCACUAUUCUUAUAUGGCUCAUAACUGUGUGUUUUACAGUCUUGCUCUGGCUUUUUCUCUGAUCAUUUGUAGUCAGGUUAAAAAAAACGAAUAAAGAAGCAGCAGAUGAAUUAAACACAACAUGAAAGGCCUUACGCCCAAGUUGGCGUGUCAGACUGCGGCCAACAAAAGAUUGACGUUCAGCAUUGGUCAUAUGUGCUCUAUGAAGCCGGAGUCCUCCACACAAAAGAAUCUGAUCCAUUAAGCAUCUCAGUUAGUCUUUGAGUGAAGUUUAUUGGUUUUUGAACCGAUUUCCUGGUGUAGAGCGACUGAAAUGAUUCUCAUCAUUACCGGCCUACAUUGACGCUACCUCAGGUGCGCACAACAGUUCAUGGAAAAUGUAACAAACAAGCCCCGCUCUCAUGUAAACCGAUGGUUCUGCAGUCCACUUGUCAUGCUGAGACGUGCCGCGCAGUAUACGUAUCAGCACAAACCAAGUACACGCCUCAGGAGCUCCUCUGCAUCACAGUAUUAUAGGAUGAAAUAAUGGUAGUGAAUAACGUGCUUGCUAAAUGUGAACGCUGCCAAUAAUGAGACGUUAAGGUCAACACAUCUAAUGAAGACAUUUUGGUCCACUUGCAUUUAUUUAGACAAGAAUAUUUCAAAUCUUGCCAAUGAAGGAGGCCGAGACCUCCUGACUUCCAAUUCAGUCACUCGUGGUUGUGUAUUGGAAUAUCUGUACUAUAUCACACAUGUUGAGUGUUGAGAUUUGUAUAAAAAAAAAGAAAAGCAUCACAAUGUCCCAUGUACAUUGUAUUUGAAAAAUUGUAUUUGAAAUAGCAAAAGAGUUUGUUUCAAAUAGUGAAAAUUUGAUCACAAGUCAGGACUUUAUAGUGUUUUUGUCAUUUUUAAGAUGAAAACUUCUUUUUUUGUGUUAAUUUUCUACAUUUGCAUUUGUUUUUCAUGUGCAAUUGUCAUAAAAAAGAUAAUUACAUGUGUAAUCUUUCAGUUCUGUUAGUUGAGUUACAGAGAUAACUUGAUGUUUGACUGUUGCAUGAAGACAACUGUUUCUGCAGUGACAAGUGAUGGACGGUAUUACGUGUACUGACAUCAGAAGUAGGCAGUGUUUGCCCUUUUCCUUUUUUUUCCCUUAACUAAAUACAAGUUAACAGUUCUUUUUAUAAAUAGCUGACUAGUUAUCAAUAUUUGUAAGAUCUUUUCAUCCUUUUAAAAGUAUUCUUUUAUUUGCUUGAUAGUAUAGCUGCAUUUUAUAAGAAUGUCAAGGGCUUCCUUGUGAUUUCCUGGAUUUCCCUUUUGAAAUUCACCCUAAUAAAUCGAAUCACAUCAGUCAUUUCAAUUGUACAGAGUAAGAAAUUGUAAAUUGAGCCAAAGUAUGCUGCCCGGUGUAUUAAAGAGUAAUUUUGUGA